UAAGUACCCACCCAAUUCCUAACAUAUAUCACCACUCACCUCCUCGAAGUUCAUACAAAUGGCAUCAAAGCAUACUUUAACCUUCAAAGUCACAAGGCAAGAUCCGGAGCUGAUACCUCCGGCGAAACCCACGCCCCACGAACUCAAACCCCUCUCCGAUAUCGACGAUCAAGAGAGUCUCCGCUUUCAAGUCCCAGCCAUCCAAUUCUACCGGAGAAAUCCCGCCAUGGACGGAAAAGAUCCCGUCAUGGUCAUCCGCGACGCUGUGUCCAGGGCCUUGGUUUUCUAUUACCCGUUGGCCGGACGGCUGAGGGAGGCCGCCGGCAGGAAGCUGGUGGUGGAGUGCACGGGCGAGGGCGUUCUGUUUAUUGAGGCAGUUGCGGACGUGACGCUGCAGCAGUUCGGCGACGCCCUUCUGCCGCCGUUCCCGUGCCUGGAGGAGCUGCUUUACGAUGUCCCGGGCUCCGGUGGAGUGGUGAACUGUCCUCUGUUGCUUAUUCAGGUCACACGUUUGAAAUGUGGUGGAUUUAUCUUUGCUAUCCGCCUCAACCACACCAUGAGUGAUGCUGUUGGGCUUGCCCAGUUCAUGUCCGCCGUCGGCGAGCUCGCACGUGGUGCUAAAAUCCCUUCCGUCCAACCAGUUUGGAGAAGAGACCUCCUUAGCGCGCGUGACCCGCCUUACAUAUCUUGCACGCACCGCGAGUAUGAUGACGUACUUGACAUCAAGGGAACCCUCAUCCCACCAGACGACAUGGUCUACCGCUCCUUCUUCUUUGGUGCAACCGAGAUCUCCGCCCUCCGGGAGCGCCUCCCUCCGCACCUCCGUCACUGCUCCACCUUCGAACUCCUAACAGCUUGCCUCUGGCGUUGCCGCACAAUCGCGAUCACUCCAGACCCUAAAAAAGAGGUCAGAGUCCUAUGUGCUGUGAACUCUCGUAAGCGGUUCAAUCCCCCACUUCCCACUGGAUACUACGGCAAUGUCUUGGUUCUUGGCGUCGCGAUUGCCACAGCUGAGAAUUUAACCAAACGCCCAUUAGCUUAUGCGUUGGAGCUCGUGAGGAAGGCGAAAGCCAGCAUAACAGAGGAGUACAUGAAAUCAUUGGCGGAUUUGAUGGUGAUCAGAGGUCGACCACAUUUUCCAAUGGUACAAACUUAUUAUCUGGUAAAUGAUGUGAGGCAUGCGGGCUUCAGAGAUGUGGAUUUUGGGUGGGGCAAAGCGGUGUAUGGCGGGCCGGCGAUAAGCAUCGGUGCAAUUCCCGGUGUUACGAGUUUGUACAUACCUUUUAAGAAUAAUAAUGGAGAGAAUGAGAUUGUGGUUCCCAUAUGUUUAGCAGCGAAAGCAAUGGAAGUAUUUGUAAAAGAGCUUGGCGUGAUGCUGAAUAGAGACGAUGAUCCAAAGGUUGUGCGAAGAGGUUUGGUUUUCAUCACGUCGCCGCUAUGAAUUGAAAUCUUUUCUGUCCAAAUGAUAAGUGUAUGUAUCAUUGUUGAUGCUUACUAUCAAUCGAAAACGGUAUUACUUUUCUACUGUAUUUAAUAUAUAGACAUAUAUUAUGUGUAUAAAAAUAUGAUAAAAUUUGAAAUAAAACAAUUC